ACUGUGUACACGCAUUGCUUUGGUAACGCUGGCAGCACUACAAGCCCCACGUCAAUUCAAAACGCAAAAGUCAAAAUCCAAAACAUUGAGUGACGUUUACAAAUUCUUAGUUGGUGUUAUUAAUUUUGCGAAAAAUUCGCCACGCAGCAUGGGAGAUGCAUCAGCUUCGGACACCGAGUCCAAUAAACCUAGUCCUAUCAACGAACCACAUUUAGAACUGCAGGAGCGGCGUCCCUUCGGUGGGCUCGAGUUUCAAGUAUCUGAAGUAGUAGAAAGGCUCGAAGCCGGGGUUAAUGCACAGGAUGCUGCCGAUGACGAGAAAAAGCGUGAACCGCGUAAAAUCAGUACCGGCUUUUUUGAACCCGAAGAAACACCAAUGGAUGAAAUUCUGAAAAUUUUAGAGGAACUAGUGAUCAAGACCGACCCUAGUUGCGAGAGCUUAGAGCCUCCGCUGUUGCCGACGGAUGCGGUGACUCGUGCGGCCAUUCUUUCUCAUAGUAUUUCAGCAUUAUUUGGUCGCUUAGAAAGAAGUCACGCAGCGCGCCUCGGUACUCACAUAGCAAGCGAAACGACUCGAUGGAUGGCUCACAUGUUUAGGCUAUCAGACUACAAUGCAUAUUAUCAUCAAGAACAGCUUGAAGGUCUUGUGCGGGUCACAAGGAUGCUGCUCCAUCACAGAUACCCUAGAUAUUUAGAAGAUGGAGCAUUGGCGUUUGCAAAUCGUCUACCCUGCAUAUACAGUUGCGUUGCGAGUCCACUGGGGAUCGUUCAGCACCUCUGCAGACAGCUGGGCUUACCGCUGGCUUGUGUUAGGCCAGUUCCAGUAAAUCCUUCAGGUCGAGGAAUGGACAUAGACGCGUUAGAGAGGCUAUGUGACGAGGACGUCGCCGCCAAUCGCACCCCGCUGCUGGUGCUGGGAGAAGUGGGAGCUCCGCCCCUAGGUUGGGGCACUCCGCUGUACACCCUUGGUGAAAUCUGCGCUAGAAGAAACCUGCACCUACACGUCAGAGGGCACGCGUUAGCCUUACCUGGUGCCAGCCUGAAAGAGCAGACUUACAGUAUACCGGACUCGUUGACGCUGACUCCAGGACCGUGGUUCGGCGUGCCGGGCCUGCCUACUGUCACGUUUUACAAAAUUCCAGAAUCGGUAACAGCCAACGAUCAAUCUAAGGGCGUUAACGCGGCAGGCGCCCGGGAAGGCGCGGUGGCAGCCCUGUCGGGUCUGUGCGCGGCGGGGCGUGCGGCGGCGCUGCCGCUGUGGGUGAUGGCCCGCGCGGCCGGCGCCCCCGCCCUGCACGGCGCGCUGCGGGCCGCCUUCCGCGCCGCGCGCACCGCCUACACGCUGGUCGCCGCCGCCGGCCUCACCGUGCUGAGCGAGCGUCCAGGCGGCGACGAACCACCGAACAUAGACAUAGUUGAGGCAGUUAGUCAAGCGUCUGCGUGCGUCGCCUUCCAGUUCGCUCCGCCCGGCGCGGAGAGGCCGCCGCCCUACUACGACAAGCUGAACUCCUGGCUGGGGCAGGUGCUGCAGAGGGAGGCCGACAUGAUAAGUAUAGAGGUUUGCGAGACCGAGUCCCACGGCGUCGUCCUGCGCUACUGUCCGCUCGAGGGCUCUAUCCUUGAGGAAGAUAAGAUAGAGAGCUGGUCCAGCAUCCUGGAGGCGCAAGUUCACGUCCUACACGCGACCGUGGCCCUCAGGGAGCCCUUCCAACAGAGAGUCGAACAGAACCCUUGCUUGAGGCUGGUCCACGUGCCGGGCUGGGCGGGUCUCGGCGGCGUCCGCUACGUCCCCCCGGGCUGGGAGGAGGCGCCCCUCGAGCAGCUCAACUCCCUGAACCGGCAGCUGGUGGAAACCCUCAGGGUCACGGACGGAGCCUUCUCGUGCGGCGACGGCGACGACCAAAUGGCUUGCGUCAGGUUCGGCAUGGUGACCGCCGACACGGAUGUGGACGAGCUGCUGGAUCUGGUGGUGGCGGCCGGCAGGGAAGUCGAGGAGAGCUCCAAGGCCCUCACCGAUAUGUCGGAAGUCUUGAAGAAAGGCAUAGAGGCGGCGCAGGCGGACAUCGAGCGCGAGAGCCUGGAGCGGCUGUGGCAGGAGGGGCUGCUGCGGCGCGUGCCGGUGGUGGGGCGCGUGGUGUCCUGGUGGGCGCCCUCCGCCGCGCCGCCCGUGGGCCGCCGUCUGCACCUCGCCAGCGGCACGCUGCAGCCCACCGACGACAUCUACAGGUUGGUUCAAAACAAAAGUAAAGACAACACAGAGCCGGCGCGCGCGCACUCCCCGACCCGCGCCGCGCCGCAACACUAGUCCUCUGAGUCGUCGGCACGUACCAACCACUGUAAUACAUUGAAUACGAACAUUAUGCGGUUUAUUCUAAAUUUAUAUAUAUAUAAAAAUGAAAAUAAAAUGUCGAUAAGGCAACGCGAUUUUGUCGUAAAUUCUAAGAUCAAUACGAUCCGGAAUGAUGAAGCGGUCCGCUUGUGCAAUUCCAUCGUGUAUGAGUAAGACGGAAAGCCAUUUGUGAUGUGUCGCAUAGCUAAUCUAGAUGGCGCCACCCAAGCAAAGUUUAUAUGUUUUUUUAGUCUAUGGUAAAAAUAUAAUAUAAUUAGUGUACGUAUGUAAUUAGAAUUAAAUAAAUCUUUAAAAUAUGAAACUUUUGUAAUGUAGUUUUCAUAAAUUGUUUUUUUUUUUAUUUUUAUUAAUUGGAUGAUUUGUUUUGUAAUCGAUUUAGGUGAUUGACCUAAUUAAUUGAGAUUGAAUCCCGAGGCUAUCGUUCUGUUAAACCCCGUGAAGUCAAUAUCUCCAUUGCAAAAGCUGGAAUAAAGAACUCGAAAGAGCGCUUUCGAUCGAUCAGAUAAUUGAGAUUCAAAAGAUAUAACUUUUGGUUCUGAGCGGCCUCAAUUGCUAACCUAAAGCUCUUGAACUGUGACCGUAUCUAGUGUAUCAUUUAAAGCCAUGCAAUUAACUGAUGUUUGAAAAAUUAUAACAUGUAAUUUUGUUUAUGCUGUAGUCUUUAUAUUUGUAAUGUUGUAAUUAAUAUUCUUAAUGUAUGUAUGUAUAAUAAACAUUUAGAAGUA